AUGUUGUUGCUAGGGAGAUUCACUGGUGUUGGAGCCAGACGGUUGUUUUCAAUGAAUGCAAUGAGACCUUUGCGGUCUGCCAUGCCUAUGGCGUGGAGACGUAGUGGAAAUGUUGGUCUCAAGACAGCCUUUAUGGGGCUUGCAUUUGCUGCGCCAUUUAGUGUCUCUAUGCUGACUCCAUCGAGAACGAUAUACAACGACACUGCCGUUGACAUCGGUGCCAAUGUUCUCAAGCAGACGGGGUUGAGUCAAGCAGAAGUAGAAGUGGUAAAAGGUGAACGUAAAGUGAGGUUGGAUUACAGAGGCCUGUGUCUGGGUUCUAUCCUGGGUGUUGGUGCUGGUGUUAUCAUCGGGAAAAUAUCUGGUGUUCUGGCUUACUUCACUGUUUUUGCCUUCCUGGUGUUACAAUGGAUGAAGAAUAGAGGAUUGAUUGAUAAGAAUAGUAGCCAGUUGCGUGGUCUUUACCGCGUGGCUAAGGUAGGAUUUGUGGAUGAAGAAGGCAAUGCGAGAUUUGUGAACAGCGAAAACUUGUGCUUCAAGUUGUCUUUCUUGUUAACUUUCCUGCUAGCUGCAGUUAAUACACAGUGA